AAGUGCAAAAAGGAAAAAAAAAAAAUCUUUAACAAAAAAAAAAAAGAAUAUUCGAAGUUAAAAUUUAUUAAUGAUAUUAUUCUUCUAAUAAUCCAACCUUGAUGAUUGCUUAUGUGGUGACAUUAGCAGCAUUUUGUGUUUUAUUGUCGUUAUUGUCUAAUUUAUACCUAAGGAUAAAUGUAUUGCUUGCUAUUCAGUUCCACUGUCACGGUUAAAGCUGUUUGAAUUUUAAGACAACGGAUACUGUAUAUGAAGCAAUAGCAGGAGUAGUAUGCAACGCUCUAAAUGACACCAUAUAAUAAAAUAGACGACAUCGUCAGCUACGACGAGGAAGGGGAAUAGUACGAGAGGCUUCUUAACGAAUUUGUGAUUUUUUUUUUUUUUUUUUUUUUUUUUUUUUAUAUAUUCGAUACUUUGAACUAAACCAUUUGAAGGCUUCACUGAAAAAAGACAUAGUUUGUAGUUAAAAUUUAAAUAAGACAGAGUCACUUAGAGAAAGAAAAGAAGAAUUAUAUAGCAGUGCGCAUAAAAUUUUUUGUUGUGAGAGAGUCACCAUGUCACAUGGGGGCGACCAGGAAUGUAUGUAAUAUUUCCAGUUGAAGAACUCAUCUUGAUGACAUACGGUGCCUCUAUACCACGCAUAGCUCCACGACCAACACUUGAUUGUCUGCGUGAACCUAAAGUACCAAUUUAUAUACCUGUCAGAAGUCAACCCAAGUCUUUUGGACUACAAACACCUUUAUCGCCAACAAUUCCUAGUGUUAUAUUUAAGGAUCCCGUCUUAGCAUCAGGUUUUAUCGAACCGGAACCAGUAGCAGUACCGUUUAACAGUGAGAUAAACCUUAGUUGCUUGCCACCACGUCCUUCUCCUUUAUUAAGUGCGAACCGUGGUUCCCUUACUUCGCUGAAGAGAGCGCCUUCCCUUCAAAGGACACCGCAAUUGCCACCUAAAAUACAAACUGAGUCCUUUAAAUAUUCACCUAAUCUGCCCCCUAAAGCACCUAUGUAUAAUGAUUUAAAAAUGCGUGCGGCACAGCAACAAGAACAACAGCAACAGCAGCAACAACAGCAAGGCACGAGCGCAAGUUCUGGUUCGCGACGUCCUACUUUAGAACGUGGCACGGCCAUAAGUCGUGGAAGUACACCUUUGCGCUCUCCCGCUCCUUUAAAUGCCAUAUACGAUGAGGACGAGGCAGCCGGUGGUGGUGGCGAUUAUGCGGCAGGAUCCGCGAGAAGAGAAAGAAGUCCUAGUAUACUAUUGGAGUUAGCGCCGCCCGAUCCAACACAACCUCGAUUAGGCCCCGGUUGGGGUCGACCUAUGUCACCCAUGGAUUUGCCUCCCGAAAAGUCAUCAUCUUCACGAUCUCCAAAAUUACUACUAAAACCUAAAUUGCAUAUACCCCUGGGAAAAUUGGGACGUUCCGUUUCGUCGGAACCAAGAGAAUCAAAUAGACUGCGUGAGGAUCUGCAAUUGCAUGUAGAGAAUCCUAUAUUUAAUACGGAGAAUCUAAGACAAAGAAAUUUCGAUGUGUUCUUUGAUGCCGGAGAGCCGGUAUAUAAACUGCAACCUAAGUCACCGUUAUCUGCGCCUACCGAUUCCGCCUCAGGUGGUAGUAAUUCACCGCCUUUAAGCAAUUAUGCUGGAGUUUAUGAUCCUUUAUCGAAGAAGAGCAACCGAACUACGAAGGGAGGUUUAUUUGCCCGAUCGCCGCGCGAGGAGAGAGCUUUGGCAAUGCGUUCGAAAAGUACAGAUCAUUACGAAGAUGCCCAUGGAGGACGUUCAGCUUCAUUAGGUGCCGGAGGAGCAGCCAGUACAGUUAGUGGCGGCGGUGUCAGCGGUGAAGCUGGCGGUAGUGGCAGUGUGCCCCAGAAAGAUUUCUUGGGAAAAUUUUCAAGUGGUCCAAAAAGUCGUAGUUUGUUUGGGUGGAGGGGACCACAUGGUGGUUCCCUUAACCCCGCACUAUCAACUAGUAUGGCGUCUUAUACGGGUGUACUUAAGGAUUAUGGACACAUUAGUUUAAACGAGGCUUUUAAAUCCCAAAAUAAUGUCAACUUUAAGUUAAUUAAAACCGUAUCCGAUUUUACCGAAACCCUUUCCCAUUUAUAUGAGGAACACGCAACUGCCCUUCAAACCUUAGUAUCCAAUUAUCGUAAGAAAAAUGGCGAAUUGCGUAAAGAGAGACCCGCCUGUCAUUUGUCAAUUUUUCAAGCAUGGGAAACAUUCCUACAAGAGGUCGAAACUGAUUCUCAGGCAUCCAACGAUGUGGCAAGCGUUCUGUCCAGACAGGUGUCACGACCAAUGCUCGAUAAAUCGUUUCAUCGUAAAGUUCAAAGUCGCAAAAUAUUUACACACAGGGAAUCCUUUGAGACUAUUAUCGCAAAGACUGAAGAAAAGCUAUCAAAAUGUCGUCUGGACUACAAGCAAUUUUAUAUGUCACAUCGUCAGAAUCCCACACAGCAUACACUGACAGAAUAUAUUGAUGCCCAUAAUGCGUACGUGCAACAAUUGCAUGCCACAAAUGCCAUGCUUGAGACAUACCAUUGCGAGACGGUGCCGCAACUGAUGCAAGAACUUGAAGAGAUCCAUAAUGAUUUAUACAGUAUUAUAGCCGAUUCAAUAUUAAACGGUGCGGAUUGUAUAGCCAACAAGGCUUCAGAUCAGUCUAAACGUUAUAACAACUUAACAGCGCAAUGUACUUCCAUCUCACCCACGCAGGAUUUGCAAAAUUUUGUGCAUAUUCUAGCGUUACCAUCGCAAGCACAAAAAGUACCAAAACGAGCCUUUGCCCCCCCCGCACCACCCGGUGAAGCCGAUGAUACGGGUGAGGAAAUAGCGCCAAUUUUACGUAAUGAAUUGGUAUUCGAUAGACAUUCAAGCUUGUCAUUGCGUUCCGCAUUGGAAUCACUGAAACGUGAAGCUAUUGAUUUGGAAAUGCAAAUACGGCAACUGCAGGACGCCGUUGAUACGUUAAAUCGUACACAAAUACGUGGCAUUGAAGGCCAACUGUAUAAUAAAGUUAAUGAGAUGCAAGAGGAUCUGUCUAUGAAGAAAUUCGAUUUACACACCAAACAACUGCACUUGGCAGCCAUUAAAACUCAGAAGGAACUAUUCGUGAGCAAAGUUGAUCCGGGUUCACCGCGCGCCGAACGUAAACUUUCCGCAGCCACUGCGCCAUCGAUGAAAACAAAGUGGCUGAAAGCAAUUAAAAGCCUAAAGCCGGCUUCUGGUUCAGCAGUGCAAGCAGAUAGUCCACAACGUUCAAAUCAAAUGUAUCACGCUGUCUCAACUGUUUUAACUUUAAGGCGGAAUGGAGCAGGAGGUGUUUCUUCACAACCCAUACGACCCAGCGAAGAUGGCAGUCAUCACUUACAGGAGUACACGUAUAAAAAGAUAACAGCCUGUGAUGUAUGCUCGCAAAUCUUAAGAGGUCAUACGCGGCAAGGUUUGCGUUGUCGCAUUUGUAAAUUGAAUGCUCAUGGAGACUGUGCCGGUCAGCUGCCCCGUUGCCAACCUAAACAGAAAUUAUUGCGUCGUCAGAAAAGCACGUCCGAAUUAGAAAAUCGCAUUGAAGCCGAAGAAGAAAUAGACGAGGAUACAACGAAAGAAAUAUUUAAUGAUGUUGAGACUGCGAAUGAUUCUAAUCAAAGUCCUAGGAAAUUUCGUCAAAAGACACCAUUCAUCGAUCGCAUUACCAAAUUAGCCGAUAAAUCCGUCCAGAAUGCGGCAAAAGGCCCGGAAGCCGGCAGCUCACAGGCGGACAUACCGAUUGUAAAUGUGCCCGAUUAUCCGGAACGUACCGAUCGGCCGGCAGCAACUGGCAGCAGUGCAACGACAACACGCGUUGGACGACCCGGAGUGCGGCCACCACCAGUGCCUAUGCCCAUUUUGGGCGUACAAUUGCAACAGCAAGAAUUGCAGCGCAGCGGUCUCGGUGGAGGCGGUAUACCGACCAUAAGUGGAGGAGCACUGCCAGUACCGACACAAGAUCUCUCUAGUAGCUCAGCUCCCUCUAGUCCUUCACAUCAGGGACGUAAACUGCUGUACGCUACACGUGGUAUGCGUGGUGGUAGCGUUGAUUUACCCGAUGAUAUGGAUAAAUCGCAAUCAUCAGCCAGCACUUCGCCUUGCCCAUCACCUAAAUCUCAUCGUUUAUUGCCAACCAAUUUAUAUGUAGUUUUAUACAAUUUUAAAGCCCGUCAUGCUGACGAAUUGGACUUGAAAGCCGGUUACAAGGUCACUGUUAUCGAUACCUCAGAUCCGGACUGGUGGAAGGGUAAAGCAAUGGGUCGUGUCGGCUAUUUUCCUUCCAAAUAUGUUGUACGCUUGAAUGCAAAUGAAAAGCCGUUGCAAGUAACGCAUAACCUUCAAGUGUCGGAUGGCGAGCGAGGCGAAAAUAUGACUCUAUUACGUGAUCAAAUUGUCAUACAGACGGGCAACGAAAUGAAUGGUAUGGUAAUGGUACGGUCGGCCGAUAAUCGACAAGGCUAUUGUCCUGUCAAAUAUCUGCAGGAAGUGUGACAGCCAGAAGAACCGCCCUGUGAACGCGACAAACCGCCGCAAAAAUCAUCACUGUCAUCCAAAUUGCUUGACAAAGGCAAACGUAAAAUACGCAUCGUUGUAAC